UCAACUCCCCGCCCCUUUCCCAUGUAUAUCUUUCCCUAUAUUUACUACCAAAACACACACACACUAAUCUCGCUGUCUUCUUUUGCUUCUUUAGAUCGCAUCACAGAGAAAGAAGAAGACACUUCCUUCUUGCUCCUCAAGCAAAGCAUCUCCACUUCAAGAAGAUACUGAAGCUGAGACUGGCAGAGGAGACCAUACGAUGCCAUUGAAAGGGGAAUCUACAGGAACCAGCUCUACUGCCUCGCCUGAUCUAUCUUUGACCAUCGGGCUUCCCGGCGUCGUCUCUUCUGGCACCUCCGGCGAUGACGGUCGCCUCCGAGCUUGCAUCGAUCUUUCUCUCUCGCGCGACAUGUCCUCGUCCGAGGUCAACGUGUUUCAGAGGUUUCAAGGACCACUGUCGUCUCCGACGCCAAUAAAUGGUGCUCCAAUCUAUCCCAAGUCUGGACUCCAACACCAGAUGUCUUCUUCUUCUUGUAAUGGUUAUCCGAACGAAGCAUACUUGAUGAGCUCCUACUUGCACUGGUCCAACGAGUACUUCCCUUGUGGCGUCGGAUCAUUGGAGGCCACACAAAGCUUGAUGAGGUCGAGAUCGACGCCGAGAUAUCCAACGAAGCGGAGCACCAUCAGGGCGCCGAGAAUGCGGUGGACAAGCAGCCUCCACGCCCACUUCGUCCACGCCAUCGAGCUCCUCGGUGGACAUGAGAGAGCGACACCGAAGUCGAUUCUGGAGCUUAUGGCUGUGAAAGAUCUUACUCUGGCUCAUGUCAAGAGCCACUUGCAGAUGUAUAGAACAACCAAAUCCACCGACAAGCCUGCAGCUUCCUCAGGUCAAUCGGAUUUGGCACUUGGAAACAGUGAUCUAACACUAAUGGUGCACAAAUUCUCAGAAGCACCAAACCAGCACCAUUAUUUGGACUCCACCACAGGAUGGAGUAACUCAUCUAGCAAAGGACUUUGGAAGGAAAUCAAUUCAGAUGCGCUUCAAUCGACUUCUUUUUCGUCACAAAUUGAGGAUCACUCUUGCACAUCAGAUGACGCAAAUGGUUCUUAUCAAGAACUAGUAAUCCCUAGCUUGGAGUUCACCUUGGGAAGAUCAAAAUGACAUCUCAAAUAGCCUGGAGUUCUUGUCGAGAUGAUUCUUUCAUAGUGAUCAAUUGUUUCUAUCCAUUAUAGCUUCUCUCAGUUUUUGUUUAAACACCAUUCUUCUUGUAUUUAUAAAUGGCCACCAACAUAAAAUAUAAAGAUCAUGUAAUUUAGCACUCACAUAAGAAGAUCAUGUAAUUUCAAUAUGUUUUCUUUAAUUUCUUGGGAGUACUGUUCUUUUUAGUACUAUUUCAAGCAUGAAAUAUGGAAGUGUAUCAAAAUUAUGUGUUUGUAUAAGAAUGCAGAUGU